AUGAAUCUGUUCCGUUUGGUGGGCGAUAUGGCGCACCUUGCCAGUUUUCUGGUGUUGCUGCUGAAACUACUAGCCUCACGUUCUGCCAAUGGCAUCUCGGUUAAGUCACAAGAGCUUUUUUUCUUGGUGUUCAUAACGCGCUAUGUUGAUCUUUUCUUUCACUUUGUGAGCUUUUACAACACGAUUAUGAAGCUUCUCUUUCUGCUUUUCUCGGGAGCUAUCGUCUACGUAAUUCGCUUUAAGGAACCUUUCCGCAGCACGUACGACAAGUCACACGACGCCUUUUUGCACCUCAAAUUUGCUGUUCUACCAUGCGCAUUGCUGGCGUUGAUUUUCAAUGAACAAUUCGAGGUCACGGAAAUUCUGUGGACUUUUUCCAUUUACCUCGAGGCUGUCGCCAUCAUUCCACAGCUUAUUCUGCUGCAGCGCCAUGGAGAGGUUGAGAACCUUACGAGCAACUAUGUCGUGCUUCUUGGAGCCUAUCGAGGUUGCUAUGUACUCAACUGGAUUUAUCGUGCUGCUACAGAGACGACCUACCACUUCAUCUGGCUCAUGUUUAUUGCUGGGAUUGUGCAGACGGCGCUCUACGUCGACUUUUUCUACUACUAUGCCAGCAGCAAAUAUUACGGUAAGAAGAUGACGCUGCCCUCUUAA